CGCAAAUCAACACCCGAACUGCUCGACACUUGACCUCAUUCCCAGGUCGCCGGGAUGGAAGGCAGCCUCGAGUCCUGUGCGCACUAACGACGACGCGACCCACCACGACAUGUUGCCCACCUGCGAUCUAUCUCACACAUUCACGAGUCUUCACAAUAGCAUCAUCAAUUCCACCCCUUCAUCCCUCCUCUGAACCAGACAUAGGCGACUCGGACCCUCGCACUAAGGAGAACUCGAAGCGACCGGUUGGAGGAGGGAGUCUUGCGCCGCGCCAGCACCAGCUCGCAGAUUUCGAAGAGUACGAACUUGCCGACUACGCGGGCAUAGAGCAGCGACAGAAGAGGGACACCAGAUACUUCGAACGACAAGCCAAGCGCACGGAGAAGAUUGGCGAGCUCGAAGCGGCCGACGAGAUGAAGUUCUCACACAGCAUCCAGUUCAAUGCUGUUCCGGACUGGAGCAGCCAUUAUAUUGCGUACAGCAAUUUGAAGAAGCUAAUAUACCAGCUCGAAAAGACCAUCCACAGACCAGGCACCGCUGACGAUGUCGAACGCUCCCCUUUAAUACCCACGAAUGAAGAUCCCGACCAAAUCUUUGAAAGAGCGCUGGAUGUCGAGCUCGAAAAGAUAUCCUCAUUCUACCAACUGAAGGAGCUGGAAAUUUACGGGGAGGUCUCCGAUUUUCUCAAGGAUGAAGAAUCGUAUGAGGCCGAAGCUCUGGACAACUUAGACGGCGCGGAGGGGAGGCCUGGCACGAGUGGACGUGUGAGUGAUAGGCCACGUACCGGGAGCAUAUUUCGAAGUUUUCUAAACCGGCAGAGGAGAGCCAGUACCAUCAGCCGCUCUAUCGACGAAGGGGUCGAGGACAGUGAUGAUGAUGACGACGAGAACACGGCGCUACAGAAAGCAGCCAGACCGUCCACAGGAAGGAGCAAGAGUACACCAUACGAUGCAAAUACCGGCCGUUCCGAGCAAGCUGAAGAUAUGAGGGCUUCCACAGAAUUCAGCAAGUCGAUACGGAGGCAUAGUCAGAAUUAUGAUGACUACGCAAAUGAGGCGUUUGAAUACCUCUAUUCAUCUGGGAUUACAUUGAAGAAGCGGGCAAUCAGUCUUUAUGUGCAGUUAUGCGAGCUGAAAUCUUUUGUUCAGUUGAACAAGACUGGAUUUACGAAGGUUCUGAAGAAAUACGACAAGAUACUGGACCGAAACCUCAAAGCCAAAUAUGUCGAGGAAAAUGUUUCUCCAGCAUUCCCCUUUCGUCCGGAGACACUAAGGCAUAUCGAUGAGAAUAUCUCGCGGAUGGAGAAAGCAUAUGCGGAUGUCGUCACUAAAGGUGAUGUGGCUUUGGCGAAGAAAGAGUUGAGAUUGCAUCUUCGGGAACAUGUUGUCUGGGAGCGGAAUACCGUAUGGCGAGAGAUGAUAGGUAUCGAACGAAAAGCGCAGGCGGCAAACAUGGGUAUCAGGAGGACGCUUCUUGGAGCAGACAACGAUCCAGCGAAAGCUCGUCUGCAAGGGGAUGAUUACGACACUCCGGACGUGAAGGAGCUUACCACGCCAGUUGGAAGAUUUAGGCUCCCAGCAUGGAUUUUUAGCUCAACGAUGUUCACCCUCAUUGUUAUUGUGGCCAUCUUCAUCGUACUGCUGUAUGUCAAGAUCAUGAAAAAACCGGAGCAACAGAAUUGUCUAGCCAUGCUGGUAUUCGUCAGUUUGUUAUGGGCCACCGAAGUCAUUCCUCUCUUUGUAACAUCAUUGCUGGUGCCAUUCCUUUGCGUCAUGUUGAGAGUAGUUCGAUCAGACGAUGAACCGCAUCGCCGCCUCACCACGAAGGAUGCAACCAAGUAUAUAUUUGCAGCCAUGUGGACGCCCACAAUUAUGCUCCUACUUGGUGGCUUCGCCAUUGCUGCUGCAUUAUCGAAGUACGAUAUCGCGAAGAGAAUCGCGACGUUUGUCCUGAGCAAGGCUGGCACAAAACCUCGCAUAGUUCUGGUAACGAAUAUGUUCGUAGCAGCCUUUGCUAGCAUGUGGAUUAGCAAUGUUGCAGCACCUGUCUUGUGCUUCUCUAUUAUUCAGCCAAUGCUCCGCAACCUCCCCUCGGACUCCCCCAUGUCUAAAGCUCUAAUUCUCGGCAUUGCGCUCGCUUCCAACAUUGGUGGAAUGCUUUCUCCUAUCGCAUCUCCCCAAAACAUCGUCGCUCUCGAAAUCAUGAAACCACCUCCAUCAUGGCUAAUCUGGUUCUUCAUCGCGCUUCCAGUCGGCAUCAUCUCCAUUCUCCUCAUUUGGCUUGUACUGCUUCUUAGCUUCCAUCCCGGCCGAGGGACGACCAUUGUCCCCAUCCGCCCCGUCAGAGACAGGUUCACCGGCGUGCAAUGGUUCAUCUCACUGGUGACUUUGGGAACCAUUGUUCUUUGGUGCUUCAGCACCCAACUCGAUUGGCUCUUCGGAGAAAUGGGCGUCAUCGCCAUCAUCCCCCUCGUCCUCUUCUUCGGAACUGGGAUCCUCACAAAAGAAGACUUCAACAACUUCCUGUGGACCAUCAUCAUCCUGGCUGCUGGUGGCCUUUCACUCGGUAAAGCAGUCAAUUCAUCAGGACUUCUACACACCAUCGCAAAGACGAUCACAGACGAGGUGGCUGGUCUCUCUCUAUAUGGCGUCCUCAUUGUAUUCGCAACUUUGAUCUUGGUUGUUGCGACGUUUAUCAGUCACACCGUCGCAGCGCUGAUUAUCCUCCCGCUGGUUCAUGAUGUCGGGAAGAAUAUGGCAGAGCCUCACCCAAGAUUAUUGGUUAUGGGAAGUGCUUUGAUGUGCAGUGCUGCAAUGGGAUUACCGACCUCGGGCUUUCCCAAUAUGACGGCAAUCAUGAUGGAAGAUUCGCAGACUGGUCAGAGAUACCUGCAAGUCAAACACUUUAUUAGUCGGGGUAUCCCGUCUAGUGUCAUCACCUUGCUGGUUGUUGUCACGGUGGGCUAUGGAUUGAUGCGGGUUACUGGGUUGUGAGGUCUGUUUGUAUUUGUGUACGAGUUUUGUAUAGAAUGAUGUGAUUGAGGACGUUCACCAGUAGAUGAAGGUUUGACAAUGACGCUCGGAGCAACAUUGAGUUGUCUCUUGGGAGUGGUAGAUGGAAUAUAUAGGAAGGCGAUAUCGAUAGUGCCUACUUCAUCUUUCUUUUUUUUUGUUUUUUUUAUUAUUAUUUUUUUUAUUAAAAAAAGGCUACUUCACGGCUAAUGAUUUUCAACCCCCUUUCCUUUCUCGUGAGACGAGGGGGCUCGUCUCGGCGCACGAUGGUUGAAGGCGGACUUUUCUCGCCUCGGUACGAUUGCUCAGCAAUCGUUGCCGAGCCUGUGUAAACGUACAGCAGAGUUCGAAUCUGCUUCAGUCCCACACUCAACAAACUUGGCUGACUGAAGGCGAAUUCUUACUCCUUAAUUGCACAUCGAUGCAGCCCGCCAAAUAAUAUAUCAAUCUG